AUUUCUGGUUCUAUGGUGACAGGCUGGCGCUCAUCCCGGCCUGGUCCAGAUUUCUGGUUCUAUAGCCGCCACCUCACCCAUAUCUCCUCCUCUUUCUCCUCAGAGAAAACCCAAGAUUACUGCCUCCCGCAAACUCCUGCUGAAGAGCCUGAUGCUGGCCAAGGCCAAGGAGUGCUGGGAGCAAGAGCACGAGGCGCGGGAGGCCGAGAAGAGUCGCUACCUGGCCGAGCGCAUCCCCGCGCUGCAGACCCGAGGCCUGUCGCUCAGCGCCCUGCAGGACCUGUGCCGGGACCUGCACGCCAAGGUGGAGGUGGUGGAUGAGGAGAGAUAUGACAUCGAGGCCAAAUGCCUGCACAACACCAGGGAGAUCAAGGACCUGAAGCUCAAGGUGCUGGACCUGCGCGGGAAGUUCAAGCGCCCCCCCCUGCGGCGCGUCCGCGUCUCGGCCGACGCCAUGCUGCGCGCCCUGCUGGGCUCCAAGCACAAGGUGUCCAUGGACCUGCGCGCCAACCUCAAGUCUGUGAAAAAGGAGGACACGGAGAAGGAGCGGCCCGUGGAGGUGGGCGACUGGAGGAAGAACGUGGAGGCCAUGUCCGGGAUGGAGGGCCGCAAGAAGAUGUUCGACGCUGCUAAGUCCCCGACCUCCCAGUAGAGGCAGCUGGCCAAACUGUGCUCCGGGUGCCCUGCCUGCUCCUUCCUGCAGCCCCGCCUGCCGGCCUCUCAGCAUACCCCCCUGCACUGCAGAGCGCGCCCCCUGCUCCCACGUCUCCCCUCCAGCCUGAGCGCCUUCCGGCGGGACUGGGAUUAACAGACACAGAGGGGAGGAACGGCAGCGUCUGAAGACAUCGCCUGGCUGGCGGGUGGGCUCCCUGGGGCUCCGGCCGCUGUGGGGCAACCAGGCCUCGAGGAGGCAUGCACCCUCCACUCUGUAUGUCAAGCGCCCGCGGGCGUCACAGCCUCUCCAUUAAAACCAGUGUCCUGCU